AUGCCCCUCCUUCUCCCCGCCCCGCUCCUCACACUCCUCGACCACCUCGUCGCCCCCACCGGAGACGGUUCCCCUCACACCGCUCUCGUCGCGUCGCUUCAAGCAGGACACAGCGUCCUGGUUUCGCAUUCCGUACCGACAAAGGAGCCAUGGCCACCUGUCCGGCCGAGCGAGGACGAGGAGGACGAGGACCAGCGAGCGAGUCGGUAUGCAGCGUUAGCUGGCGGGGCGUGGCAGGCGCAGCAGAGUGAGCGCGGCGAGAACGGCGAGAAGGCGCAAGAGAAGGAGCCGCUCAUGCUCGAGUCGGAAUACGGCCGCAUCGCCUCCAUCGCUCUUGGCGGCUUCCUCCUCGUACUCGCAGGGACAGAGGCUGCACCGUGGAAAGUCCUGGACAAGAAGAUCCGAGCAGCGGCAGAACAGCUUCGACAGCCUCUCUCAGCAGUCGAGGCGUAG